AUGGACGCCUCUUCACUUCUUGCCCUGCCGACUUCGCCGGCACCAUCUUCGCUACAGAUUUUUGCGCUCUUUAUCAACUUUUUCUUUCCGGUAUUGGCUUUUAUAGUGGUUUCCGUCAGGGUGGCGGGCAGGGUGGCCAGCAGCCAGUUUUCCAUGGAUGAUUGGCUGGUCUGCAUUGCCAUGCUGAUGUCGGUCGCAGAGACGGUCAUCAGCUUCUUUUUCAUCAAAACAAACUUCAUCGGCAUCCCCAUCAGCCAAGUCCCACCCCACGACCCUACUCAGGGUCUUAUCUGGGCUUAUGCCGUGCAGAUAUUGUACAACCCCAUCCUCGCCCUCGUCAAGUCAUCUGCGCUUAUUUUCCUGUCUCGAUUGUUCGGCCAAAAAGACGGCGUCAGACGGUUUCUGCUCUGGCUCAACAUUGCCAACAUCUCCCAGAUGGUGGCUGUCUUUUUUGCUAUCACGUUUCAAUGCCUACCCAUCGCCUUUAAUUGGGAUCUCACUACUAGGGGUGGUAGGUGUGUUGACCGCCGGGUGCUAUACACUUGCACGGCUGUGAUCAACAUCGUCACCGACCUCCUGAUCUUGGGGACGCCGAUUUGGAUAUUUGCCAAGCUGAAGAUACCGAGACGGACAAAGAUGGCGUUGUUGUUUGUUUUUUUGUUGGGGUUUUUAGUAACCAUCACCUCCGUCGUCCGCCUCGUCUUGCUGGUUCAGGGAUUAUUCAACCUUACUGCGCUGUCUGAUCCGACGUCGAACGUCGGGUUUGUCACCUCUGCCAUUGAGACGAACCUGGCGCUUAUUACCGCUUCUGCCCCGGCGUUGAGGCCUAUAUUUCGGAGGAGGGAGAGGGGUGGGUGGUUAGGUCGAUCCACCAUCGCCCCUGCGACAACCAAUGGAGCUCCUGAUUUGGAAUCAGGGCAGAAAUCGGUUGGUUGGAACAAGGCUAAUAGAUCGUCCUCCCCUGCGAGGAGUGUCAGGGCUAAGUUUGGACGUGGCGGGAGUAAGUUGUCUCGAGGAGGGAGAGCGAGAAGAGGUGGGAGAGGAGGGAGAUUACGGCCUAUCAUCACCAGGGUCAUCACGACGACCGAACAGCAGCAGGAGCUCCGGAGUUCGAGCCCGAGGGAGAGCGAGGAGCAGACGAUGACGAGGAAUGGGAUUAUGAGGGUUAGUGAUGUGCAGAGGGAAAUUGAGGAGAUUGCUAUUGGGUUGGCGAGGACUACGACAAUGGCGAGUAGGGGGUCGAUGGAGGAGGAGAGGGGGAGGACAAGGGAGAGAGUGGUGGUUUAUAGUGAGAGUAUUUAUCCGGAGUAUGUUCCCGAUUUAUUACCUGGUGAUGAUGGGGGGGGGAAAUUGGAUUUGAGGGUGAGGGAUGAGGAGAGGAGGUAUGAUGAGGGGAGGGUGUCGAGGAGGUAUGGGGUUGUUACGCCUAGGACUGGGGUGACGCCUACGGGGAGGGGUUGGGAGGGGAGUGGGCGGCCUUUUUAG